AUGGAUCAGACUGCCCAGCCCAAAAGUGGCACUGAGUCCGAACUGCGAGAAGACGUUCCGAAUGAAAAUCCAGAAACGUACUGCAGGCUCUGCUUUUCAGAAACGAACGUCCAUCCCCUGUUUCCGCAGAAUGGAAGUCUCAUACGGGAGAUGACGGAGAAGAUAAGGAAUUGCGCCAGCAUACAUAUCAGCGUACGGGACGACUACCCAGCCGGGAUUUGCUUUUCGUGCCUAUCCAUUUUGGAUGAGAUCAAUCAAUUCCAGCAGAGAAGUAAACACUGUGACGAAAUCAUUCGCACGAAGCGUGGACUGCUAGAGCAGAUUACCGUCAAGGUGGAGAUGACGGAAGAGGACGGAGUGCAAUUUGUGCCACCGGGCGGAGGAUGUGGACACUUGGCUGCAAACGAAGAUUACGUGAAUGACGAUUGUCUUACCGAAAGUAGUAUUAUUGCUGAAGCUAUCACGAGCUUGAACGGAAUCGGCGAACUGAUGGGUGCGUUUCACAGUAGCACCAUUCCAGUGGCUGGCACGCUUCACGUAAAGGCGGAAGGUGUAGCUACAGGUGGUGGUAAUAAAGACCAUCGAUGCAUGGUUUGUAGCAAAGUGUUUCCUGAUCGAGAGGCAUGGAUGGUCCAUUUGGGUGAUCAUGUUGAAGAACGGCCGUAUCAGUGCAUGGAAUGUUUAGCACAGUUUCGUGAGAAGCGCUCAUUAGCGAGGCACAUGAAAGCGGUGCACGAAGAGGUCCGCGAUCGUCAGUGUCCUUACUGUCCGAAAUCCUUUAAAUACAGUCACCAUCUAAGGUAUCACAUACGUACGCACACGGGAGAAAAACCUUAUAUGUGCGAAAUCUGUAGUGAUUGCUUCUCACAGCACAUACAGUGGAAACGGCACAUGGCAAAACAUCAACAGGUACACAAACCUCCACCGCCGGUUGCGGCGCCCCGUGCUCCAGCAGUUCCAGUAGAAGAACCAAAAAUCAUCAAGUGCGAGUUUUGCCCGCGAGUGUUUUCGCGCCUACAGGAUUAUCGCCGACACCAACCCAGUCAUAAUGCGCACAAUCUUAACUUAAGCUCUUUGCAGCACCACGCGCAACUCCAUCACCUUCAACAGCAACAACAUCAGCCGCAACACCAGCAACAAAGUUUGCAACACAACCACAUUCACCAGCAAGAGCAACUUAUACAGAAUGUACAACAGGAGGCUUCACAGCACGCUCAUCAACUAGCGCAACACCAAUCACUUGUUCAUCGGGACUAGCAGCAGAAUAAAAGACAGCAUUGGCUGUGUCACGAUUGCCAUGAACCACCGCUCCAAGUAACACUGCGUGAGAGGAUGAUAAAAUUAAUUACUGUGCGUAGGUAGUCAUGUUUGUGUUGCUUUGCCGAACGGUUCUUACCCUGGAGGAAAGGAUAGUAAAUUCACCCUUAAAUCAAAACAGAUGUUCUAAAGAGGUAUGCUCUGGAAGCACUGAUUAAGUCUUUGAAUAAUAUGACAUUUGAAUAAAUCUUUUAAGGCACACUUUUAAGUUAAAAGUGCAUUAUAAAC